AAAGAUUGCGAGAGUCUCGAGAGUCUGCCAAGUAAGAUUGAAAUGGAAUCUCUUCAAAAUUUAAUUCUUUCUAACUGCUCAAAAGUUAAAAGGAUUCCUGAGUUCGCUGGAAAUAUGGAGCGUUUAUCAGAGCUUUAUCUCGAUGAGACUGGCAUUGAAGAACUACCUGUUUCAAUUGGAUGCCUGAGUGGCCUUACUUCACUGAAUCUGAGCAACUGCAAAAAUCUUGCUUGCCUUCCAAGCACCUUUAGUAGAUUGGAGUCUCUUGAAAAACUUAAUCUUUCUGGAUGUUUGAAACUUGGAGAACAGGAUAGUGCGAGGGAGAAUGGUGCAACUAAAACUGCUGUAAAUUAUCUCACAAAACGCUUUUGUGAAGUUGUUGGGGAAUAUUUGUCAUGGUCCUUACCUUCUAGAUUGGUGCAAAGAACCGAUAUAGAACCAAUGAGUAUGCAGUGGCCUGUAUCUGAUCUGUGUUAUUCUGCAGAGCAAAAUGCAAAUACAUCAAUGAGUAUCCGGUUGCCACUAUCUCAUCUAUGUAAUUUAACAGAUCUAAACAUAAGUAACUGCAAUCUUGGUGACGCUGCAUUUGCCAACUUUGCCUGUUUUCCCUCCUUAGUGGCACUAAAUCUGAGUGGAAAUAAUUUUGUUAAGCUUCCUCCAAGCAUCAGGUCCUGUUUUAAGCUUCAGAACAUUAAUUUGGAGAAUUGCAAGACACUUCAAGAGUUGUCAGGACUUCCAUCAAAUAGAAAAUUGGAUGUGAGGGCAGAUGGUUGUUCUUCACUGGAGAUGCUGUUUGAUGUAUCCAAUUUCAAUAGAUUGGAGAAAUCAUAUUUCAAUUUCAUCAAUUGCUUCAAACUAAAUGACAAUCUGGGCUGCAGUGACAUAGCAUUUGAAAUGCUGAGGAUAUUCCUUAAUCUGGUAUUCUGCAAAUUUCUAGUGCAACGGAAACUUUUCAAAUUGUAAUUCCUGGAAGUAGUAUUCCUGAGUGGUUUGAUCAUCGAAGAUUUGGGAGUUCAUUAACUGUAGACGUACUUCCAGGUUGGAAUAAUAGUAGGUUUUUGGGAUUUGCAUUGUGUGCUGUUUUUGUACUCGAUGAGCACCGUCAGGUUGAUGAGCUUGGUGUCCGUGAGUUCAGGACUUUUAAGGCUACUCAUCAUCUUGUAUGUUGCCUGAAGCUCAAUGGAAAAGAAUUAGAAGUAUACGGCAAACAGCCGGCAUUUCGCUUUAGCGAACAAUUUUGCCAGGUUGAGUCAGAUCACCUUUGGAUAUUCUAUGUGUCCCGUGAUAAAUACUUUGGUACAGAUUGGUGGCAUAACAGUUGCAGUCAGCUUGAGUUCUUAUUUGAAACAAAAGGGCCAGGUCUGAAGGUGAAGGAGUGUGGGGUACGUCUGAUAUAUGAGCAAGAUGUGCUAGAGUUGAACCAAACAAUAACUCAAUCAAGCAGUAAGAUGUCUCCUCUAUGUGAUUAUAUAUUGAUUAAUUUUGAGAAUUGAGUUGAAGGGGAAACCAUUCACCCAAAAAAAAAAAGUUGUAAAGGGAAACCAGUGGUACUGGUAGUAGAACCUGCACCCUUGAAGAACUAUAGGAUUGGCAGAAAUAUAGGGAUUCAAUACUGGCCACUUUGAAAAACCAUAAUUGAGGACUUUUUGAUCCCAUGGUUGGAAAUGAGUGCAGAAUGGUCAGUGGUCCCUCUUCUCACAUUGAACUGCUGCAGUAAUUACUGUCUGGAGCUCUCUUGCCUCAUUUUUCACAGAUCGAGAAUUUUAAGUAGUCUUGCAUUGCACUCUUAGCAGAUUCUAUGACAGUUAUGUGGCUCCCCUUGAAGAGGAUGGGCAGGGCUUCUAUAUAGUAAACCAUUAAAAGAUGCCAGAAAUGGAUGGAUUUGAAGCAACGAGGCAGAUGAGGAAAGUGGAGAAAUCUUACCAUGUUCGCAUUCCGAUUGAUCAUUGCAUUAACAGCUCAUACACCAAGCGAGGAAACAAUAAGGAUGUUGGAGGCCGGCAUGGAUAACUAUUUAAGCAAACCCUUGGGAAAGGAUUGUCUACUCGAAACAAUGGGUAGACUGGUUCGGAAGUAGUUGGGUUUGGAGGAUAUUGGUCUUACUUUUUACUUAACUGCAACAUCUAGGUUCUAGAAGACCCAAUGAAGCUCCCCUUAUUGACACUGCAAAUGCGGCGUGUUUUCUUUGUCCUGUUGGUAACUGGCUCGCUGGUAGUGGUAUUUUCUGGUUUAUUGAUCAGUAUCGUCAAACAUGUUGAGCAUAAUGUUUAUGUACUAGCUUUUUUGGAGAUUAAGUUGAUCAACCUUGUUCACAAGGAUUGCAGAUUGGCGAUCGUCCUCCUGAUUGUGAUGAUUGUCAUUAUGGCUGUCUUCCUCUUGAUUUAUUUUUUCCUAAUGCUGGGUGGCUACCAAACGGGAGAUUCAACUUUGCACCAAACUCAUAAGACCGGAUGAGGCAACUCGGCAAGCUGAGACAAAGAGUAUGAAAAAAUCUGAUGCGAUUACAAGUGCAAGCCAUGAUGUUCGUAAUGCUCUUGCUUGCAUGACUGAAUUGAUCAAAAUAUCCUGUGAUGAAGUUGCACAGGGCUCUGAAAUAAAGGAAUAUCUGUCACAAAUGGACGCAUGUACAAAAGACCUCUUAGGAACGAGAAGUUAAAUGAUUCAUCUUCUUAAUAAACUAAAUUUUCAGUUGUUGAGGUUAUUUCAAAUUUUAAUUAUGUACUUAAUUGUUAUAGAGGUAUGUUGAACUCUAUUCUUGAUUAAAGCAAAACUGAAGCAGGUGGUACUUGAAGACGAAGAGUUUUGACAUAUCGCAACUUGUUGAAGAGGUAGUCGAUUUCUUUCUUCCAUCUGGUUUACAGAAGGGCAUAGAUGUGGUGUUGGAUUCUUAUGAUUGCUUUCUUCUAAAGUUUGCACAUGUGAAAGGUGACAAGGGAAGGCUUAAGCAGAUAUUGUGCAACUUAUUAGGGAAUGCUGUCAAAUUUACUUCAGAGAGACAUGUAACAGUUCGUGCUUGGGUUCAGAAACCUAAUUUCAUGAAUUCAAUCACUGCUGCUAAUCCUGAUUUGAAUUAUGGUUUCUUGAAGCAUUUGUUUUGUUUUUUGAACUUCAAGAACAUGAGCAAAGAACAAUUAGAUGGCAUCAAAGCAGUGAAGGGGGUUCAAAAUGAUCCAAAUUUUUAGGAAUUUGUUUUUGAGGUGGAUGAUACAGGGAGGGGAAUUCCCAAGGAGAAGCAAAAAUAAGUGUUUGAAAACUAUGUUCAAGUCAAAGAAAAAGCUCAUGGAGAAGGAGGUACUGGCUUAGGACUUGGUAUUGUUCAGUCUGUGGUAUGCUUGAUGCACGGAGAAAUAGGAAUAGUGGACAAGGAGAUUGGUGAAAAAGGGACAUGCUUCAGGUUUAAUGUUCUCGUGAGAGCUAUUAAUGUGUAUGAGGAUCAUAUAAAAUUAAAACAAGACCUUGAAUUGGGAGGUGACCCUAGUUAUGAUGACAGAGAUCAACAAUUGGGACUAAUAGCAGCUAUACGCACACCAAAGGCAAACCCCAGAUUGACCAUAGUUCCUAGUCUGAAGUUCACACCACUUAGAAGCCCCGAUUUGAAUGUAUUCCGCAGCACUCCUAGUAGUCCUAAGGUAGAGGAAUCUAUUGUUGUACUACUGAAUAAAAAUGAAGAGCGACGGAGAAUGGUACACCAGUUCAUGAAGGGUAGCCUUGGGAUAAAGGUAUUAGUGGUAGAACAGUGGGGACGACUGGCUCAUACUCUCAAGAAAAUAAAAUACAUGACGAUGAAGGGUUACCAUUCUCAACAUCAUCAUAGUUCCUCUUCAGGAAUAUCUGAUUUGGGUCUGCAGCACUGCUUGAGCAAAUCUACAUAAUGAAGCAAAGGAGGUGCACCCUUUAAUGGUGCUAUGGAUGAAACGUAUAACAACAUGCUCUCUCUAUUUAAGAAGACGACCACCAAUCUUUGUGGUGCAUCUGCCUUUAUAUUGGUAGUGAUAGAAUUAGAUACUAGAGCUGGACCAUAUCGGGAAUUAUGUAAGAUUGUAACUGAAUUCAAAAGAGGCCUUCAAAAUGCUUGGUGCAGGACUGUUUGGUUAGAAAGUCCGGAAUCCCAUAGAAUGGACUUUGGUGGCCUUGAUCCGGAUGAUGUUAUAAUCGAAAAGGCACUUCAUGGUACUCGUCUAUUAAUUCGAGGUGGUAAAAUUUCUUCCAGAGUAUGGGGGUGCAAUACCGAAGAGAUCAGCAGGGGGCACAUUUCAGGUUGAAUCAAAAGUAGUCUGUCGAGCUCCUAGUCAAUCAUGAUAUCGGUUACAUACUGAUGAUGAAUCUGAUAUCUCAUCUUCACCAAUGCAAUAUCAUGACCAGUCUGAUAAUGUUGGCUCUACGCCAAGAAACUCACCAGUUGGUCAUGACCAACCACUUCCACAUAGAGAAACACACGAACAUGGUAAUCCAAGCACACCCUUGAGUAGGAAAAAUAUUUUGGUUGCCGAUCGAGGAUGAUGAGCUUCUGAGCUAUUUGGCUAUGAGAAUUCUGUUAAAGGAGGGAGCAAAUGUGAAGCUUUGUAAAAAUGGAAGAGAAGCUCUAGACGUAAUUCAAAUGGAUCUAGACAACCAAGGGAAACAUGAAUAUGAUUUUGUACUAAUGGACUGUCAGAUGCCUGAAAUGGAUGGAUUUGAAGCAACAAGGGAGAUAAGGAAAGUGGAGAAAACUCACCAUGUUUGCAUUCCGAUCAUUGCAUUAACAGUUCAUACACCAGGCGAGGAAACAAGAAGGAUGUUGGAGGCCGGCAUGGAUGACUAUUUGAGCAAACCCUUGGGGAAGGAUCGUCUACUUGAAGCAAUGGGUAGACUGGUAGGCAAGUAGUAAAAUUGUUGGAAGCUGCAAACAGAGCUAGCUCUUCUUGUAAGUUCCGUUCAAUUCUGUAUCUAGUGUUGAUCAUCAGUUGCAUUAUAAGAGAAGUCUCCUAAAAUGACAUUCUAAAGUGAAUAACUUGUGAAGAAAGUAAAGUGAGUAAUGAUAACCGCAUGGGUUUAGUUAUUAUGUUAAGAGCUAGCUUCUCAAUCGGUUCAUGUCUCUGUGAAACUCAAUAAAGCGUUGUCGAGUGGAAUGACCGAAACCUUGAAUUAAAAGAGCGUGAAUCGAAAGAGGCAAAUUGAAUACUGAUUUCUUGUCAGCAAUUGAACAAUUAAUAUCAAAGAUAUGUCUUUUUUUUCGAUUAUUUCCAUAUAUAUGAUGUUUUGCAUUUAAUAAUUGAGCUUAAUAAUUGACUGUUGGGGCCCCCAAAACUGGAAAUAUGGACUAUUUUUGUGCAAUUGCUUUGCUGUGGAAAAUAGCCGGAAAGUGGGCAGCUGACUAGAAAAGCGGAAUUAGCUGCCUGGAAAAUUAGAUCCAUUGAAGACCCUCUCUAUCAUGACGUCAGCUUCGUCUACUCGUCGACGAUGGAAAUACGAUGUGUUUCUAAGCUUCAGAGGGGAAGAUACCCGCGAGACUUUCAUCUGCCAUCUGUAUCGUGCACUAACUGCGAGAGGAAUUAUAACCUUCAUAGAUGACGAAAGCCUGGAGAGAGGAUCAACCAUUGGCCCAUCACUUUUUACAGCAAUUGAGAACUCAAGAAUUGCCCUUGUCGUUCUUUCAGAGAAUUUCGCUUCUUCAUCGUGGUGCGUGGAUGAACUCUUGAAGAUUCUUCAAUGCUGGGAUGAGAGGAGACUAAUAGCCUACCCGAUCUUCUACGGAGUGGAUCCUUCUGAUGUGCGCAAGCAAAGGGAAAGUUUUCAGCUCCGUACAGUAGAGGUAAGGGAACAUGAAGAAGUUUAUGGGAAUAAGGACAAACUAAAGCAGUGGAUAUAUGCUUUGAAAACAGUGGCCAAUCUUGCUGGGUGGGUUUCGAAUGAUUAUAAGGACAACGGAAAACUUAUUGAGGCAAUUGUUAGGUAUACACUAGGAAAACUAGGUGAUACUUAUACCUCUUCAACUGUUGGCAAGGGCCUCAUAGGAAUGGAUUCCCGCAUUGAGGAUUUAUUAAGCAAAUACAUAUGUCCUCAGCUUGGUGGGGUGCGUUUUAUAGGGAUCCAUGGCAUGCGGGGCAUAGGUAAGACAACACUUGCUCUAGCCAUCCGUGAUCGAAUUUGUCAGGAUUUUGACCAAAGCUGCUUUCUUUCCAAUGUUAGAGAAAAAUCUCUAGUUUCUCUACAAGAAAAACUUGUUUCUAAAAUCCUGAGGACAAAGAUUGAAAACAUAGAUGAUGAACACGCAGGAGCUGCUAUGAUAAAAAGGCGGUCAUGUCUACUAAAGGUGCUUGUUGUUAUUGAUGAUGUGGAUCACAUUAAUCAAUUAGAUAAAUUGGCUGGAAGUCGGGACUGGUUUGGUCCUGGGAGUAGAAUUAUCAUAACCACCCCAGAUAUUCAUUUGCUAAGGGAUGUUGAUGAUACAUACAAGGCUACUGGAUUAACUCGUGGUGAAGCUAUUCAACUAUUGAGUUUAAAGGCUUUCAAGAACAGCUUCCCACCAGAAGAUUAUUCGGACUUGUGCCACCAUAUUGUAGGGUAUGCUCAAGGACUUCCGUUGGCUCUUGUGGUUUUAGGUUCUUUUCUAUCUGGUAGAAGCACCAAUGAAUGGGAAAGUACAAUAGAGAGGCUACACAAUACACCAAAUAGACAAGUUAUGGAUGUGCUUCAGAUUAGUUUUGACGGACUAGAGGAAAAAGACCAACAGAUAUUCCUACAUAUUGCUUGUUUGUACAAGGGGAAGGACAGGGAUCGUGUGACACAAAUACUAGACUAUUGCCAGCUAGAACCUGUCAUUGGUUUAAAGGUUCUUGAGGAAAAAUCUCUCAUUACUAUUUUUAAGAACAAACUGUCUAUGCAUGAUUUGCUACAAGAAAUGGGCUUCGAAAUAGUUCGUCGAGAGUCCCCUGAUGAGCCAGGUAAACGAAGUAGAUUAUGGUCUCCUAAUGUUAUCCACAAUGUGCUGAAGAAAAAUAAGGGAACAGACAAAAUCCGAGCCAUGGUAAUGGACUUGCCUGAGUUAGAAGUGGCUCAUUGGAAACCAGAAGCCUUUUCAAAUUUGACUCAACUCAGUCUUCUCCAUAUUCGUAACGUGAAUCUUCCCGAAGGGCUCACUUCUCUAUCUAAUUCCUUGAGACUCCUUGAUUGGAGUGGGUACCCCUUAAGAUCCCUCCCACAAAAUUUUGAAGCAGAUGAACUUAUUGAACUUAACUUGUGCCGCAGCAACAUUGAACACCUCUGGAAAGGAGCAAAGAAUUUUGACAAGUUAAAGUUCAUCAAACUAUGCCAUUCUCAAAAAAUUGUCCAGACCCCAGACCUCACAGGCGUUCAAAAUCUUGAGACUCUAGAUCUUGAAGGAUGUAAGACUUUGGUUGAACUUCAUCAAUCCCUCGGACAACUCAAAAGGCUUAUUGUAUUGAAUCUUAAAGACUGCGAGAGUCUCGAGAGUCUGCCAAGUAAAAUUGAAAUGGAAUCUCUUGAAACUUUAAUUCUUUCUAACUGCUCAAAAGUUAAAAAGAUUCCCCAGUUUGCUGGAAAUAUGGGGCGCUUAUCAAAGCUUUAUCUCGAUGAGACAGCCAUUGAAACACUACCUGUGUCAAUUGGAUGUCUGAGUGGCCUUGCUUCACUGAAUCUGAGCAACUGCAAAAAUCUUGUUUGCCUUCCAAGCACCAUUAGUAGAUUGGAGUCUCUUCAAAAUCUUGAUCUUUCUGGAUGUUUGAAACUUGGCAAACAGGAUAGUGCGAGGGAAUAUGGUGCAAUUAGAACUGCUGUAAAUCAUCUUACAACGUGCUUUUGUGAAGUUGUUGGGACAUAUUUGUCAUGGUCCUGGCCUUCUAGAUUGGUGCAAAGAGCCGAUAUAGGACAAUUGAGUAUGCAGUUGCCUGUGUCUGAUCUGUGUUAUUCUACAGAGCAAAAUGCAAAUACAUCAAUGAGUAUCUGGUUCCCACCAUCUCGUCUAUGUAAUUUAACAGAUCUAAACAUAAGUAACUGCAAUCUUGGUGAUGCUGCGUUUGCCAACUUUGCCUGUUUUCCCUCCUUAGUGGCACUAAAUCUGAGUGGAAAUAAUUUUGUUAAGCUUCCUCCAAGCAUCAGGUCCUGUUUUAAGCUUCAGAACAUUAAUUUGGAGAAUUGCAAGACACUUCAAGAGUUGUCUGGACUUCCAUCAAAUAGAAAAUUGGAUGUGAGGGCAGAUGGUUGUUCUUCACUGGAGAUGCUGUUUGAUGUAUCCAAUUUCAAUAGUUUGGAGAAAUCAUAUUUCAAUUUCAUCAAUUGCUUCAAACUAAAUGACAAUCAGGGCUGCAGUAACAUAGCAUUUGAAAUGCUACGGAUAUUCCUUGAUCAGCAAAUUUCUAGUGCGACGGAAACUUUUCAAAUUGUAAUUCCUGGAAAUAGAAUUCCUGAGUGGUUUGAUCAUCGAAGAUUUGGGAGUUCAUUAACUGCAGACCUACUUCCAGGUUGGAAUAAGAGUAGGUUUUUGGGAUUUGUUUUGUGUGCUGUUUUUGUACUCCAUGAGCACCGUCAGGUUGAUGAGCUUGAUGUCCUGACGUUCAAGACUUUUAAGGCUACUCAUCAUCUUGUAUGUUGCCUGAAGCUGAAUGGAAAAGAAUUAGAAGUAUAUGGCAAACAGCCUGCAUUUCGCUUUAGCGAACAAUUUUGCCAGGUUGAGUCAGAUCACCUUUGGAUAUUCUUUGUGUCCCGUGAUAAAUACUUUGGUACAGAUUGGUGGCAUAACAGUUGCCGUCAGCUUGAGUUCUUAUUUGAAACAAGAGGGCCAGGUCUGGAGGUGAAGGAGUGUGGGGUACGUCUGAUAUAUGAGCAAGAUGUGCUAGAGCUGAACCAAACAAUAACUCAAUCAAGCAGUAGGAUGUCUUCUCCAUAUGAGGAUAUAUUGAAAUUAUUGAUUGAUUUUGAGAAUCGAGUUGAAGGGGAAACCAGUGGUACUGGUAGCAGAACCUGAACCCUUGAGGAAUUAUAGGAUUGGCAGAAAUAUAGGGAUGCAAUACUGGCCACUUUGAAAAACCAAAAUUGAGGACUUUUUGAUCCCAUGGUUGGAAAUGAGUGCAGAAUGAUUGUAUGACAGUUAUGUGGCUCCCCUUGAAGAGGAUGCGCGGGCCUUCUAUACAGUAAACCAAUAAAAGGUUCAAGAUCUCCAUGUGAUAUAGAUACUUGAGGCAGUACAUAUGUAUAAAGAUGCCAGAAAUGGAUGGAUUUGAAGCAACUAGGCAGAUGAGGAAAGUGGAGAAAUCUUACCAUCUUCGCAUUCCAAUCGUUGCAUUAACAGCUUAUACACCAGGCGAGGAAACAAGAAGGAUGUUGGAGGCCGGCAUGGAUGAAUAUUUAAGCAAACCCUUGGGAAAGGAUCGUCUACUUGAAACAAUGGGUAAACAAUGUUAAUUGAUUUCAAUUUAAGUUGGCUAUUCUCACUCGGUUCAUGUCUCUCUCAGACUGAUUCAAGCAUUGUGGAGUGGAGUGACUGACCAGUAAUUGAAUAAUAUCAAGACUUGCCAUCCAUCAUUUAUUUCAUUUAUUUGUGAUGUUUGCCUCUUUUUUCAUUUAUUUCUAUCUAUGUGAUGUUUGCCUCAUCCAUCAUGGAUGUGUUAUGUAACAGAAGUAAUGGAAGAAAGGAGCAAUCCCCAGUGAUGUUGACUGCUAAACGCUCUCUUUUAUUUUGCUAGACUCAAGGAGAAAUAUCACUAUUAGCUUUA